AUGGAAUCCCCCGAUAAGACGGUGCAGGGAACCUCCGUAUUCGGGCUUCGCGCCAUGGGAUACCAAAAGGUCAACCGCCUCGGUCGAUCCCAUCUCGACGGCCGUGUGAAGUACAUCCCCCGAUUUGCGCUUUAUUGGGGCCAUCCAAGGAUAGUGCAAAAGCGCCUCCGAUACGUAGACUUGACGGGCGAUAGUCGGAUCGGCGCCGUGCUCGAGAAGGAGUCGCGGUAA